ACCGUCCAAGAAGAGAAAAACGACAGUCAACAGAAAGUCAUGGCGAAGACAGUGCAGUAUGUGUUAUUCCAGACACAAGACAAUCCUCGUUGGAACAUGGAAAUUAUUAGGAACCAAAGUCUACCCAAAACAGCGUAGGUUGUUUCCAUAGUUUUGCUUCGCAAUGUUAUAGUUCCAUUGCAACCACCAAUUGUUAAAUACACAACCCUCUUUCACCAACAAUCACCCCUCUCCGAUGCCUCUUUCCAGAAAAUCGCUUUCCACCGGAGCCCACCUCAACGAUGCCGGACCCGAUGACAGCACUCCGACACGGCGGUUGACCAGGCAGAGGAAGCUCCGCCACCUCAGCGACCAUGACAUUGGCUUCUCCUUCUUCCACUCCACCGACUCUUUUUCUGCCUCGCCGGAGCCCCGCUGCGCUUCCGGACACCGCUCCCUCUCUAGUCUGCCGCAACCGCUGCCUCUCCCUGAAGCGCCGUUGACCCGUCGAGCCAAGUCGGUCAGCUCCGCUUCCGUACAUCCUCCCCUCUCUGCUUCCUUAGAACAUCCUAAUUUUUCUUCUUCCGGGAAGGCGUUGCCUCACGAUGCAGUGACACGUGCAAAACCUACACUCCAUUUGGAUUCUACUCCUGCAAAUGCAAAAUACAAUCUGAGAGAGCAUAUUCCUGCAGCAAGUUUCUUGACAGCUGUUGUAAAUACAGGCCAUAGUUCAUUGAAAAAUCGAAGAGCAGCAUCUCAUGGUAAUGACUCUGAAGUUAAUCCCCACUUGAAUUUGGGUGUUGCUGCCAAGCCCAAGAGUGCUCCAACAAGUGUGGUCACUAGUCCUGAUACUAGUCCAUAUAGAUCAAAUAACAUAGACUUCUUUGAUUCUACCUUCAACUUCUCUUCAGAAGUUAAUGACAAAUUGAAAAUGUUAUCGGCUAAAAGUGUACAUAGUCCAGACCAUUCCCCUAUUCCUUGCCCUCUAAGCCUCACUCGUUACUUCAAUCCUAAAAUUGAGGAGGGAUCUCAGAACCAUAAAUUUUUGUCCAAGGUGUGCCCUGAAAAUAACCAUGUUGAUGCACAUCCCUUGCCUCUUCCUCCUAGAGCUUCAUUUCCUGCACAAUUAUCUGUGCUGCAUCAAUCCAGUACCAUCCAUCACGCUACCGAAAAUAUGCCUUCAGUCAAAGGUCAAUGGCAGAAAGGAAAACUUAUUGGAAGAGGAACCUUUGGAAGUGUUUUUCAUGCAACCAACCUGGAAAAUGGAGCCUCGUGUGCAAUGAAGGAGAUCAAUUUAAUUCCUGAUGAUCCUACAUCUGCUGAGUGCAUGAAACAACUGGACCAGGAAAUCAAAAUUCUCCAUCAACUAAACCACCCCAACAUUGUGCGGUAUUACGGAAGUGAAAUAGUUGGCAAUCAUUUGUACAUAUAUAUGGAAUAUGUCCAUCCAGGAUCAAUCAGUAAAUUUAUGCGUGAGCAUUGUGGAGCUAUGACAGAAUCUGUAGUUCGCAAUUUUACAAGGCAUAUUCUCUCUGGUUUAGCUUACUUACACAGUAACAAAACCAUACACAGAGACAUCAAAGGUGCAAACUUGCUGGUCAAUGAAUCCGGCAUUGUGAAACUUGCAGAUUUUGGGCUAGCGAAAAUUCUGAUGGGGAAUUCGUAUGAUCUUUCUCUAAAGGGUAGUCCUUACUGGAUGGCUCCAGAGGUCGUGAAAGGUUCCAUAAAGAACGAAUCUAAUCUUGAUGUUGUCACGGGAAUUGACAUAUGGAGCUUAGGGUGCACCAUUAUAGAGAUGUUAACAGGAAAACCUCCUUGGAGUGAAGCUGAAGGGGCUUCAGCCAUGUUCAAGGCACUGCAAGAGUCCCCUCCCAUACCCGAAACAUUAUCAUCAGUGGGAAAGGAUUUCCUCCAAAAAUGUUUCCAAAGGGACCCUGCAGAUCGACCAUCUUCAUCAACUCUUCUUAAGCAUGCCUUUGUGCAGAAUUUAUAUGAUCAAGAUGUUCUAGGUCAUCCACAAUCCUUUCCUAGAGGAGACCUUGGACCAGGAGGUAAUUCAGCUAGUCCUAGAGACACCACCACCACCAGAAGUGGCAUAAUUCAAGCCUCCAUUAGCUCACGGUGUUUUAACAAGAUUCAGAAACUAGUGGGUGAUACUUCCGAACAAAUCAAUGACCACAAGGAGUCUAAUCAUAUUAUACCUUUUAGUCACUCUCAUGUUCCAGAAGUGAACAUUCUUCAAUCUACAUUGAAACCUGGUACCCUCAAUUACAUGUCUGCUGAAAAUUCCAGAAACAUUUCCACCAUGAUGAGAAUGAUCACAAAUUUCUGAAGCAUCUCAUCACGCUUAAAAGUUGCAUAAAUUCCACUGCUGAAUAAGUAAUGCAGGGAUCUAAAAGCCGGUCAUUCAUGAUUUUUUAUUUUUAUUAAAAGUACUCUCAAAGAUUGAGGCAAAAGAAAUCAUAAAAUUCAUAUUGGUUUGUUUUGAGUAAUGUUUUUUCUGUACAUGACGAAAGUGAGGCUCUGUUAUUUAGACUUGUUCUCAGUUAAGAAAUUCACGUGUAAAUAUACAUUGUAUGAUUUCUGUAAAACAUUCUUUUAUUCCUUUGACAUUUUGAUGUAUUCCAGGGUUUCCAAUGCUGUC